AAGCGGCAAUUUGAUAACAGCGUUGAGAUCUUCAAGCUUCAGCGGACUAGAAAAACUUCAAGUCUUGGAUGUGAGUGGCAAUAACAUCGAUAAAUAUGACAGGGACGUCUUUGAUCACAUGAAGAACUUACGGCUUCUGGUUGCGGAUGAUGACACUAUCUGCUGCCUGGCCCCGCGGGUGAAUGUGUGUACAGCGGAGAAAGACCCCACCUCUACAUGCGACCAUCUCAUCGCCAGUAACGUCCUGAGAAUAACCACCUGGGUUCUGGGGCUGUUGUCUAUAUUAGGAAACCCGACAGUUGUUCUUCAACAUCUGAGGACUAAACAAGGCGGCGCGUGGACGGCGUUCCUGUGUAACCUGGCGGUGGCAGACUUCUGUACAGGAUUGUAUCUCUUAGUAAUAGGCUCCGCAGACGCCUUUUUCCGUGGGGAGUAUAUAUUUUACACUGAUCACUGGAUUUCUAGCACGAUGUGUGCAUCUGCGGCCGUCGUCUUCACGUUUUCCAAGAUGUCGUCCCUGUUUCUGGUCGGAGCCAUGAUGCUCGAAAAUCACGUGUUUCCCCGGCUGCCAAUCAAGUACCUGACCAACAGAAUGCACUCUCCCUCGGUGGUCGCCUCCGUGUGUUGGACGCUCUCAUUCUGUUGCACGAUAACCCUGACUAUUUCAUCCCAGCUCACUGGGUACUACAUCGGCAGCAGGACGGGACUGUGCACACCUGUCCUCACAACCGUGCUGUCCAGUACUGAACCAGGAUGGAAGUAUGUCUUCUUUGUGUACACCGUCUUACCGGCAACAGUUAUGGUGCUUACUACGCUUUCCAGCAUCAUAGCAUUCUUUGCUGGCAAGCCAAACCCGCUAGCAAACGACUUGUAUUACAGCAAGGAUUCGGGAAAAGAGAAAAAGCUACGCCUUGGUUUGAAGGGCCUGCUGGUGCUGAAUUACCUCUGUUGGACCGUGGUGGUAAUCACGGGAAUUCUCACGAGAGUCGGCGAGAAGAUCUCACCGGACCUUGCUGUGUGGACUGCCCUGUUCCUGAUGACGAUAUCUGCCGGUAUUGACCCGUUUAUACACCUCGCAAGCCUGGCAGACUUUUCUUCCGACAAAAGAGAGGCCACAAACUGUGCCGAAGCCAACGGUAACAUUGUAAAUACUUUCGUGGAUUCUCUGGGGAGAAGAGUCUACAAGGCAUCAAGUGGCACUCUUAGAAAUAAUGGAUCAGACCAGACUGAGGAGAAACAGGCCAUCAAGGCGUAUCUACAGUGUCUGAGCGUCGAUGUGGAAACAAACUUUGUCGUCAAGCUCAUCCUGCAGUUCCGGAGUUAUUCUACUGUCUUGGUUGAGGGAUCGGCUACACAGGAGAUGUCAGUAUUACGGCGGAUAGGAGAAUCAGGGGGUCAUCAGAACAUCGUCAGACAGUGUGUUAUCCCGGAGAUAGACGCAUACAGGUGGGUUCUCUACACUGUCUAUGAGAAUUGCAAAUUGAAGGAGGUCAUCCCAACUCUGUCAUCAGAAGACCUCCUGACCAUCUCAUUGGACAUGUCCAAAGCACUGCACUUCCUACAUCAGGAAAACAUUGCUCUGGGCAAGCUGACCCUCGACGGAGUACUCGUGGAGAAGAUACCCCACAUAAAGGUGGUGAUAGCCGAUUUCACCAGUGCCAAAAUCGUCGGCACGGGCGAGACCGCACAGAAGUCGUUUCAGGCAGACUUCGACGAGUGGCAGAGACUGAGGACAAUGAUCAUCCGGAAAUCCGCCUACGCUACGCUGUCCUGUCGUCUGUAG